AUGGAAAACUUGGAAGAAGUAAUUGUUCGCACCCAAUUUAGUGCUGACUUUCAAUUUUCUACAGUGAAAAAAUUAACAGUUUUAAGUAAUAACUCAAUUUCAAUUACUCGCGCCCAAUAUUUGGAAGAAAUUGUUUUACCAACAGAUGUUGACAAUAUCUACACUUUUCAAGACAAAAUUUUAUAUAAUAAAAAUAAGACAGCAAUCAUUUGUUACUUAAAUACAAAAACUGAUAAAGAGUUCACAGUUCCAAGCGGAGUUUCAAUAAUUAGUAAUAAUGCUUUUGCAUACAAUAAUAAAAUUGAAAAAAUCACAAUAAACGGACAUGUUCAAUUAGGAUCUCAAGCAUUUGCUUAUAUGAAAAAGCUAAAGGAAGUUGUUCUCAAUAUUAGUCCUGAUAAAGGAAACAAAGAAGUGACAUUGUCUAGAGUUUUAGCAUCUCAAUUGUUUUUAUCUUGUGACAAUCUAAAAACCGUCACAUUUCAAACGGAUUUUUAUACAACAAUAGGCUCAGAUGCAUUUCAAUAUUGCGAAUCCUUAAAGACAAUAAGUUUACCUAAAUCUGUAAAGGUCAUUGGGGAAAGUGUAUUUGAUCAUUGUUUGGAACUGAAAGAGAUUGAUUUAUCAAAUGUUAUCUCAAUAGGAUCUUACGCAUUUAGUUCAUGCAUCAAUUUGAAAAAUGUUGAAUUAAGUACAAACCUUAGAUCAAUCAAUUCUGAAACAUUCUAUAACUGCACUUCCUUAAAGUCAAUAACAAUCCCGGAUAAUGUCCUGUCUGUAGGUAGUUCUGUUUUUGAAGAGUGUUCAAACUUAAAGGAAAUAACAUUCUCUAGGAAUGUUGUUGAUCUACCUUCGAAAUUAUUUGCAAAAACAAAUCUGAAAGAAUUUACAAUAUAUCAAAAUGUCAGAUCAAUAAAGGUGGAUACUUUCUUGGAUAUUCCAGAUUUAGAUCUAAAACUAGAAAAUGAUAAUCAUCCUAUCUUUAGCAUUGUUGAUAAAUUCUUAAUGAACAAGAUUAAAGGAGAAAUUAUUUGUUAUUUCUCAAAGCUUCAAGAUGUAUUAGUUCUUCCUAAUGAAACAAGAAUUAUUACAGAUAAUUUCUAUUCACAUGAACUUAAAGAAAAUCAAUUCUACAAAGAAGAAUAUGGAAUUCUUGUUGUCAAAGUUCCAGAAAGUGUUGAUACAAAUAAAUACAGUUUUGGUUCCAGUAUAUAUCACCAAGUUUGCAUCCAAGGAUUUUAUUACCAAGAUUACAAUAUUAGAAAUAGCAGGGAAUCUGUAUCAGAUAACUAUAUAUUCGAUAAAUAUAAGGGGUAUUACUCAAAUUACAGAAUUUGUAAUGAAACAGUUCCGGAAUAUGCAAAGUACAGGCUUAUUAAUAAGACAACACCAAUUGAAAUAAGUAUGAGUGUUAUAAUUGCUGUAUGUGCAGCUGUUAUCAUAGCUUUGCUUGUUGUUUAUUUCAUUCUUCGCAAAAAAUCUGCAAAUUGA